AUGGUUUCCGAUCCGGCAUCAUCGCAUGCUGUCAUUAUCGACACGGUGCUCGACUACGAUCGGGCCACUCAGACCAUCAGCACCAAGAGUGCGGAUGGAAUCCGCAAGAUGGUCAAGGACCAGGGAUACAACGUUGUCAUGAUCCUUGAGACCCAUAUCCACGCAGAUCACAUGUCGGCGGCGUCAUACCUCCAGACCAAACUGGCUCAAGAUCAAGGUUUCCAGCCGCCUAUUGGCAUUGGCAAGCGCAUCGAGCAGGUGCAGAACCUGUUCGGGCAGCGGUAUGGGGUUCCCGAGGCUGAAUACAAGGGCGUCUUUGGAAAGUACUUUGACGAUGACGAAAUAUUCAACAUUGGCGAGCUGAGCGCGUCCGUCCUACAUCUCCCGGGUCAUACUCCUGAUCAUGUGGGUUACAAGAUUGGCGAAAAUGUAUUCUGCGGCGAUUCAGCUUUCCACGCAGACAUUGGAACCGCGCGCUGCGACUUCCCCGGCGGAAGCGCCCGCGCCAUGUUCCAGUCCGGGAGGAAACUUCUUAGUCUCGCAGAUGGAGUGAAGAUAUGGACGGGUCAUGACUACCCGCCGCAGGGCCGCGAGGAUCUAAGACCUUGGAUGAGCGUGCGGGAGCACCGACGGCACAAUAAACAUUUGAUGGACGGCACGACACUAGAGGCCUACGUUGCCAUGCGAGAAGAGCGGGAUGCGAAGAUGUCGGAGCCAAAGCUGCUUCAUCAGUCUUUGCAGGUUAACAUUCGUGCGGGACGGUUGCCCAGGCCGACGCCGUCAGGAUAUCGGAUGCUGCAUCUGCCGCUGAAGUUUGAAGAUGAGGAAUGGUGA